GACUAUUGUUAAAAAACUAAUUAGGAAAAAGAAAGGAAAUCCAUUCUUCGGAACAAGUCGAUCUAAAUCUUGAGUCCUCCCAGUCCGUUCUGUGACUCUCCCUCGAACCCACCACUCUCUCCCUAAUGCGUUUCAAAACGGGGCAACCAGCCACUGAGUCAACUCGCUCCGAUCAACCCCGAGUUAGAAACUCUAUUUCCUCCAAGGAAGUCGCUCACCGAGUAUUGGACCUUUUGAAUUCUGAGUUCUAGAUCCGAGUUACUGAAUCGCGACUCGUAAGGAUUUAGGGAAUGGCUUCUUCGGAAGUCGAUUCCCGUCUGAGCCAGGUGGUGUCCCCAGCCCUAGACCGCAUCAUCAAGAACGCAUCAUGGCGCAAGCAUGCCAAGCUUGCUCACGAGUGCAAAUCCGUUGUCGAGAAGCUCAGUUCCAAACAGCAGUCUAGUCCAGGUGCGGAUUCCGAGGGAGAUACAUCUGGCCCAGGCCCCUUACACGAUGGAGGCUCGACGGAGUACUCACUCGCUGAUUCCGAGUCCAUUCUCAGUCCUCUGAUUAACGCCGCCUCCUCCGGCGUUCUUAAGAUCGCCGAUCCAGCCGUUGAUUGUGUUCAGAAGCUUAUUGCCCAUGGCUACUUGAGAGGCGAGGCUGAUCCUAGUGGGGAAGCGGAGGGAAAGCUGUUGUCGAAGUUGAUUGAAUCAGUGUGCAAAUGCCACGAUUUGGGCGAUGACCAGAUGGAGCUUGCGGUGUUGAAGACACUCUUAUCGGCAGUCACUUCGAUAUCUUUGCGAAUUCAUGGGGAUUGUUUGCUUCAGAUUGUGAGAACUUGCUAUGAUAUAUAUUUAGGGAGUAAGAAUGUGGUCAACCAGACCACUGCCAAGGCAUCAUUGAUCCAAAUGUUGGUGAUUGUGUUUAGGAGAAUGGAAGCCGACUCGUCCACGGUUCCAAUUCAGCCAAUUGUUGUGGCAGAACUCAUGGAACCAAUUGAAAAGUCGGAUGUGGAUGGUUCGAUGACGAUGUUUGUUCAAGGAUUUAUAACGAAGAUUAUGCAGGACAUUGAUGGAGUUUUGAACCCUGUCACGCCUAGUACACUUGGUGGGCACGACGGUGCUUUCGAAACGACGACGGUGGAGACGACGAACCCAACAGAUUUGUUAGAUUCAACGGAUAAGGAUAUGUUGGAUGCCAAGUAUUGGGAAAUUAGUAUGUAUAAGACUGCUUUGGAAGGUAGGAAGGGGGAAUUGGCAGACGGGGAGGGUGAGAGAGACGAUGAUUUGGAAGUUCAGAUUGGGAACAAGUUGCGGCGAGAUGCAUUUCUGGUGUUCCGAGCUCUCUGUAAACUUUCCAUGAAGACGCCUCCUAAGGAGGCAUUGGCGGAUCCUCAGUUGAUGAAGGGAAAGAUCGUCGCCUUGGAGUUGUUAAAGAUUUUGCUAGAGAAUGCAGGGGCUGUGUUUCGGACCAGUGAGAGGUUUUUAGGUGCAAUUAAGCAAUACUUGUGUCUCUCACUGUUGAAGAACAGCGCUUCAACUCUUAUGAUAGUUUUUCAGUUAUCAUGCUCUAUCUUUAUCAGUCUUGUGUCAAGAUUUAGAGCUGGAUUGAAAGCCGAAAUUGGAGUGUUCUUCCCUAUGAUUGUUCUCAGAGUUCUGGAAAAUGUUGCACAACCUAAUUUUCAGCAGAAGAUGAUAGUGCUCCGAUUUCUUGAGAAGCUCUGUUUUGAUUCACAAAUUUUGGUAGACAUAUUUAUCAAUUAUGAUUGUGAUGUCAAUUCAUCGAACAUAUUUGAGAGGAUGGUUAAUGGACUUCUUAAAACUGCACAAGGUGUCCCUCCUGGUGGAGUCACCACGUUAUUGCCUCCUCAGGAUGCAACUAUGAAGCUUGAAGCCAUGAAGUGCUUGGUAGCUGUUUUGAAGUCUAUGGGAGAUUGGAUGAACAAACAGUUGCGUAUUCCAGAUCCUCAUUCUACCAAGAAAAUUGAGUACGCUGAAAAUAGUACUGAACUGGGGAGUCCUCCCCUUGCGAAUGGAAAUGGUGACGAGCCCGUUGAAGGAUCAGAUUCUCAUUCUGAAGCAUCCAGUGAGACCUCUGAUGCUUUGACAAUUGAGCAACGUCGGGCAUACAAGCUGGAACUUCAGGAAGGUAUAUCUCUUUUUAACCGGAAACCUAAGAAAGGGAUUGAGUUCCUUAUUAAUGCAAAUAAGGUGGGGAAUUCACCAGAGGAGAUUGCAGCUUUUCUUAAAAAUGCUUCUGAUUUGAACAAGACUUUGAUUGGUGACUACCUUGGUGAAAGAGAAGAGUUGUCGUUAAAAGUGAUGCAUGCGUAUGUGGAUUCCUUUGAUUUUCAAGGAAUGGAGUUUGAUGAGGCAAUCAGGACCUUUCUUCAAGGCUUUAGGCUGCCUGGUGAGGCACAGAAGAUUGAUCGUAUCAUGGAAAAGUUUGCUGAGCGGUAUUGUAAGUGUAAUCCAAAGGUUUUUACAAGUGCUGACACGGCCUAUGUCCUUGCUUACUCUGUAAUAAUGCUCAACACAGAUGCUCAUAAUCCUAUGGUAAAGAACAAGAUGUCAGCAGAUGAUUUUAUAAGAAACAAUCGUGGCAUUGAUGAUGGGAAGGAUUUACCUGAGGAGUACCUGAGGUCAUUAUUUGAUAGAAUUUCAAGAAAUGAGAUAAAAAUGAAAGGAGAUGAUUUGGCUCCCCAACAGAUACAAUCAGUUAAUCCAAAUAGACUUUUGGGAUUGGAUUCUAUUUUGAAUAUUGUGAUCCGUAAGCGGGAUGACAAGCAUAUGGAGACAAGUGAUGAUCUCUACAGGCACAUGCAAGAGCAAUUCAAAGAAAAGGCACGCAAAUCUGAGUCAGUUUAUUAUGCUGCAACAGACGUGGUGAUUCUGAGAUUCAUGACUGAGGUCUGCUGGGCUCCUAUGCUUGCUGCCUUCAGUGUUCCACUUGACCAAAGUGAUGAUGAAGUAAUAAUAGCUCUAUGUCUAGAAGGCUUUCGUUAUGCUAUUCAUGUAACCGCUGUUAUGUCCAUGAAGACCCAUAGAGAUGCCUUUGUCACAUCUCUAGCGAAGUUUACUUCUCUCCACUCCCCUGCGGAUAUCAAGCAGAAAAACAUUGAUGCAAUUAAGUCAAUAGUGACAAUAGCAGAUGAGGAUGGGAACUACUUACAGGAAGCUUGGGAGCAUAUUUUGACUUGUGUCUCCAGGUUUGAACAUCUACAUCUAUUGGGAGAAGGUGCUCCUCCAGAUGCCACGUUUUUUGCAUUUCAACAGAAUGAGUCAGAUAAAUCAAAACAAACUAAGUCAACCAUCCUUCCUGUUUUAAAGAAAAAGGGGCCUGGGCGGAUGCAGUAUGCAGCUGCUACUGUGAUGAGAGGUUCUUAUGAUAGUGCUGGCAUUGGCAGCAAUGCUUCUGUCACUUCUGAACAGAUGACGAGUUUAGUUUCUAACUUGAACAUGUUGGAACAAGUUGGAAGCUCUGAAAUGAAUCGGAUUUACACACGGAGUCAAAAGUUGAACAGUGAGGCGAUUGUUGACUUUGUCAAAGCUCUCUGCAAGGUCUCCAUGGAAGAGUUGCGGUCUGCUUCCGAUCCUCGGGUUUUUAGCCUUACAAAGAUUGUCGAGAUUGCGCACUAUAAUAUGAACCGUAUCAGGCUUGUGUGGUCUAGUAUCUGGCAUGUGCUCUCUGAUUUCUUUGUAACGAUUGGGUGCUCUGAAAACCUUUCUAUUGCAAUCUUUGCAAUGGAUUCAUUGCGCCAGCUAUCAAUGAAAUUCUUAGAUAGAGAAGAGUUGGCCAAUUAUAAUUUCCAGAAUGAAUUCAUGAAGCCUUUUGUAAUUGUAAUGCGCAAAAGUAGUGCGGUUGAGAUAAGAGAAUUAAUCAUCAGAUGUGUUUCACAAAUGGUUCUGUCUCGUGUCAAUAAUGUCAAAUCUGGAUGGAAGAGCAUGUUUAUGGUAUUCACAACUGCUGCUUAUGAUGAUCACAAAAACAUUGUACUCUUAGCCUUUGAAAUAACUGAGAAAAUUAUCAGAGAUUACUUCCCAUAUAUUACUGAGACUGAAACAACCACCUUUACAGAUUGUGUGAAUUGUCUCGUUGCAUUCACAAAUAGUAGAUUUAACAAAGACAUUAGCCUCAAUGCUAUUUCUUUUCUUCAGUUCUGUGCAACAAAACUGGCUCAGGGAGAUCUUGGGUCUUGUGCAAGGAACAAUGUCAAAGAUGGCUCUUUACUAAAUUCUCCACAUUCACCUCAAGCUGGUAAAGAUGGAAAAGAAGAUAACAGGGAAAUAAAUGAUAAGGAUGACAAUCUCUAUUUCUGGUUUCCUUUAUUGGCUGGUUUGUCAGAACUUAGUUUUGACCCUAGGCCCGAAAUCAGAAAGAGUGCCUUGCAAGUGCUUUUUGAAACUUUACGCAAUCACGGUCACCUGUUCUCCCUACCAUUGUGGGAACGUGUGUUCGAAUCUGUUCUUUUCCCAAUAUUUGACUAUGUUCGGCAUGCUAUUGAUCCUUCUGGUGAGAACUCACCAGAUGGAGAGGAUGGUGAUACUGGUGAGCUUGAUCAAGAUGCCUGGCUCUACGAGACAUGCACAUUGGCUCUCCAAUUGGUGGUAGAUCUUUUUGUGAAAUUUUAUAGCACGGUCAAUCCACUUCUGAAGAAAGUUUUGACGCUUUUAGUAAGCUUUAUUAAGCGUCCUCACCAAAGCCUUGCUGGUAUUGGCAUUGCUGCCUUUGUUCGGUUGAUGAGCAAUGCGGGUGUUCUAUUUUCUGAUGAGAAGUGGCUAGAAGUUGUUUUAUCAUUGAAAGAUGCUGCAAAUUCAACACUACCUGAUUUCUCUUUCAUAAGUGGUGAGGAUGCCAUUGUUAGAAACAUCGAAGUAUCUUCCAGCAGGGAGAAUAAUGGAGAGGCUGCUGUGUCUGGUAUUCCUGACGAAGAUUCAGAGAGAUCUAGGACCCAACAUCUUUAUGCUUGUAUAUCUGACGUUAAGUGCAGGGCUGCUGUUCAGCUUUUAUUGAUUCAGGCGGUAAUGGAGAUUUAUAACAUGUAUCGAUCUCACUUCUCAGCAAAAAACAUCUUAGUUCUCUUUAGUGCAUUGCAAGAUGUAGCAUCACAUGCUCACAAGAUAAACAGCAACACCACACUGCGUUCAAAGCUACAAGAGUUUGGCUCCAUGACCCAAAUGCAAGACCCUCCACUUUUACGGCUAGAAAAUGAGUCUUAUCAGAUGUGCCUCACAUUGCUACAAAAUCUCAUUGAGGACAAAUCUCCAAGUUAUGAGGAGUCUGAGGUAGAGUCCCACCUUGUUGGUCUCUGCCAGGAGGUUUUACAGUUCUACAUCGAAAGCUCACAGUUUGGUCAGAUAUCAGAAUCAUCUGCUAGUGGCCAGCCCCAUUGGAAGAUUCCGUUAGGUUCUGGGAGACGCAGAGAAUUGGCAGCACGAGCGCCUCUUAUAGUGGCAACUCUUCAUGCAAUAUGUGGUUUGGGAGAGACUUCAUUUGAAAACAACUUGGCUCAUUUCUUUCCGCUACUUUCAAACUUAAUAAGCUGCGAACAUGGAUCAAAUGAGGUGCAAGCUGCCCUCAGCGACAUGCUCAGUUCAUCAGUGGGUCCUAUUUUGCUUCGGUCAUGUUGAUUUUGGUGAGGUUGGAUCGACCCAAAUGUUGAGGUGUAUGAUAUUUUUUUCCUGCCAUCUAAACUUACCCCAUUGUCUUUCGCAUGCUUUACAAUAAUUAUGAUCGGAAAUAUAGUCUUAAAUAGUGCUUGAAGAGUUAGGGAUGGAUUUGAUUGCAAGCUAGUGGUUCUAAACCUUCAUUCAAUAGUUUUAUUCAGGAGUAUAGCUCCAUUUAGCAUUCAUAGAUGUCUUCAGAAGUUCUCUGUUGUAUGGUAGUCUAUUUUCAUAUUUCCUAUUUUUUUUUUCACAUAUAUAUAUUUUUCUUCAAGAGCGAGUUUCAUACAA